AAUGGCUGACUUGGCGGGAUUGAAUAUGGAAGGGGCACAGAAAAGCUUUGUUGGUUGUCUUUCAACUGUUUUAGAAUUAACAAAAAUUUCUGAACAAAAAUGCAUUCGUAUAUCUCGUCAGUCAAAAAUAGUGCUAUUGAGGCACUUUCUGAAAUCGAUCGGCAAGAAAAAAGCUAAUAUAGUUGUUGAUCAGUUCCUUCGUUCUCAGAAAUUAGGAAAGAAGAAACUGAGGAAAACCAGUUAUUUGGAUGUGGAUCAACUUAUAUCAAUCAUAUCGGAAAAUGUUAAAGAUUUCCCUUCUGCUCAUAAACUAUUGGAAGUGUUAGAUGAUAAACUAAGCCAUAAUAUACAACUGAAUUUGAAAAACUUUCGUAAUUCGAAACUCAGGAAGUAUAGAGAAAAAGAAAAUCCAUUCUAUGGUCUAUCUCUAUCAGAAUGGACAAAAAAAAUAAAUGAAAUUUGUAAUGAUCCUGGUAAAUUAUAUGUUGAAAAUGACAUUGAUAAGGAGACCCCACCAAUGACUAAUUUUAAAUUUAUUAAUGAAUAUGUCCCUGGCUCAAACGUGGAAAUAACGAAUAAAGCCAUAAUAGGAUGUUCCUGUAAAACCUGUGAUUCGAAAUCUGGAUGUUGCCCCACGCAGGCUGGUACUGAUUUUAUGUAUGAUAAAAAUGGGCAUGUUAAAUAUCAACCUGGACGGCCAAUUUAUGAAUGCAAUAGCCUUUGUCCAUGUAGUAGAAAGUGUAGAAAUAGAGUAGUUCAAAGAGGUAGAAGUAUACCUUUAAUUAUAUCUCGUACCAAAAAUAAAGGUUGGGGAAUCAAAACGAAGCAAGCUAUAUCCCCUGGAUCUUUUGUUUGUGAAUAUAUAGGAGAAGUUAUAACUACGGAGGAAGCUGAAAAAAGGGAAGAAUUAUACAAAGUUGAGAGAAACACUUAUUUAUUUGAAUUAGACUUUGCCGACGAUGAAAAUAAACCGAAGUAUGUUAUUGACGCAGCUUUUAAAGGAAAUUGUUCUCCUAAUCUCGGUGUCUAUCCAGUUUAUAUUGAAAACUUAGACAUUCAUAUGCCAAGAUUGGCUUUUUUCGCUAUUCGAGAAAUUUCAUCGGGCGAAGAAUUAACUUUUGAUUAUCAAAAUAUGGCGAUUAGAAAACAAAAAGAAGCAAUUAAAGUAGAAAAUGCUAUCGAUCUCAAUUUGCCUGAUGUUGAACAAAUGCUUGCUGAAUCAGCAUCAACAUCUCCCAUAAAAAGUCGUUUGGGUUCUAUUAGAUGUCUUUGUGGUGAAUCAAACUGCCGAAAAUAUAUCUUUAAUUUAUAUUUUGGCAAGAGACUAGCAGACGACGUUUUGAAAGUUCUCCCAUUUACUUUAAAUAUGGACAGUCGCAGCUUAAACUCUCCAAUAAAUGAGAGUGAUGAGCGCGAAUCUUUGAUAAGGAAUAGGGGAGAACGAUCCUCAGACUCCAUAGGAUCAACAGAUCAUCCAAGACGAAGAUCCGUUGUUGAAUGGGUACGAAACGCAGUUAAUUUUAGAAGAAGAAAUAAUUACUCAAGCUUCUAUGAGAGAAUAGAUGGAGAUAAUGUUUCCAGCUUUUCAAGCAACUCAACAGAUGAUCAGGAACACACCCAUGAGAUUGAAACUAAAUAUGAGAGUUUAGACUACGAUCCUUGCGAAAACAACUUAUAUAUUGCUGAAGAAUGUGAAACUGGUUACAGAGACUAUCUUUUUAAAAAUUUUGCCCGAUGGAUCGUUAUGUUUUUCAUUGGGGUUAUAACUGCUCUUAUAGCUUGUUUUAUAGAUUUCACUAUAUCUUUAUUAGCUGGAUUAAAAUAUCGAACAAUUAAGGCGUUGGCGGAUUCUUGUGUGAUUGACGUUUGUAUGGGUCAACCUUUAAUUGUAUGGAUAGCUCUAAAUAUUGCUUUUGUUAGCAUCUCAGCAUUUUUAGUAGCGGUAGUUGAACCUGUUGCAGCAGGUUCCGGUAUUCCUCAGAUUAAGUGUUACUUAAAUGGUGUACUAAUUCCUAAAGUUGUUAGGUUAAAGACUCUAUUUUGCAAAGUAAUAGGUGUAACAUUAUCUGUCGUUGGUGGUUUAGCCAUAGGCAAAGAAGGACCUAUGAUUCAUUCCGGUUCUGUUGUGGCGGCUGGAAUUUCACAAGGGCGUUCCAGUACUUUCGGAAAGGAUUGCCAUUUUUUUAAAUUUUUUAGAACAGAUCAUGAAAAACGAGAUUUCGUUAGUGGUGGUGCUGCUGCUGGUGUCGCAGCCGCUUUUGGUGCUCCAAUUGGAGGUGUCCUGUUCAGUUUAGAAGAAGGAGCCAGUUUUUGGAAUCAAAGUCUUACUUGGCGUAUAUUUUUUGCUUCAAUGGUUUCGACAUUCACUUUAAAUAUUGUUCAGAGUUUUAUAAAAGGUCACCCAUUUUUUUUAUCAUAUUCUGGAUUAAUCAAUUUCGGUACGUUUGGUGACGAUGUUCAGUUUCACAUGCAGGAAUUAUUAAUUUAUAUACCCAUGGCAAUUUUUGGCGGACUAAGUGGAGCCUUAUUUAAUAAGAUUAACCAUGAUUUAACUGUAUUUCGAGCAAAAUAUUUAAAAAAAUGGUACUUGAAAAUGCUUGAAGCUAUGAUUGUUGCUGCUACAACAUCCUUAGUGUCGUUUGUAUUAAUCUAUUCUACUCAGGAUUGUCAGGCUUUAGGCAAGGAUCAUACAGAUGUCCCUCUACAAAUGUAUUGCGGAGAUGGUGAAUAUAACUCAGUAGCUGCUCUCUGGUUAAGAACGCCGGAAGAAUCAGUUAAGAGCUUCUUUCACGAUCCUCCAGGUUCAUUCAGAAUUCCAACUGUACUCUGUUUUACCAUAGUAUAUUUCUUCCUUGCAACUUGGACUUAUGGACUAUCGGUCCCAAGUGGAUUAUUUAUUCCAUCUCUCUUGACUGGUGCUGCUUGGGGUAGAUUGGUGGCGAUAUUACUAAAUAUGGCAUUCCCAAACUCCACUUCCUUCGAUGCCGGUAAACUAUCUUUAGUGGGAGCUGCUGCACAACUAGGAGGAAUUGUUCGAAUGACAAUUAGCUUAACAGUAAUUUUAAUGGAGGCAACGGGUAAUAUUUCUUUCGGUCUACCUUUAAUGAUAACUUUAAUGAUAGCGAAAUGGGUUGGCGAUUUAUUCAAUGAAGGUCUAUACGAUAUCCAUAUCGAAUUGGCUAAAGUUCCCAUACUUAGUUGGGAAGCACCUGCCUUUACUUCCGAUAGAUCAGCUGAAUCUGUUAUGUCUAAGGAUGUUCAGUGCAUAAAUAAAAUUGAAAAGGUGUCUUCAGUUCUUGGACUAUUAUAUGAUGAACCUCACAGUGGUUUUCCUGUUGUAGACAAAGACGGAACUCUGAGGGGUUUCGUUCUUAGAUCGCAGCUUCUUGUUCUUUUAAAACAUAAAAUGUUCUAUCAAGAAGAAACUGAUAGAUCAAAUUUGCCAGAACUUAGGCAACAUCAUUUUCGACAACUAAGUCCUCAUUGGAAAAACCAGAAGGAUUAUCUUCGAAAAAUUGUAAUUAGCGAAGAAGAAAAAAGCUUUCUACUGGAUUUGACUCCUUUUAUGAAUCCUUCGCCAUACGCUGUGUCUCUAUCUGCAUCUUAUCCAAGAAUGUUUAAACUAUUUAGAGGGUUGGGUUUAAGGCAUUUAGUAGUUGUUGAUACAAAGAAUAAGGUUGUUGGUAUUGUCACAAGAAAAGAUUUGGCGAGAUAUAAAUUUAUCACUAAAGGAUUCCAAGGACGUGUUCACCAAUUAGCUUUUUCAACGACAACAGAAGAGCAAGCUUGA